AUGGAGCCACUUGUUGAGCUACCAAUUUCAAAAUGGCCGGCGUUGCAAGAGAAGUUAAAGAGACUGUGGCCUCUCAACGUGGCCGGUUAUUACGCGCUAUAUUUGAACUUGAAUUAUCCGGGAGUUAGAGAGGCGUUUCAGUUCAAAGUGUACUGUCCUUAUGGAGAUAUGGACAAUGGAUUUGUGUCUAUCAAUGUAAAGAACGACUCCCAAGACUGCAUUCUAUUCUCAACAACACAAGACACGAGUAAACUUCAAGAAGCUUUAGUAAACACUAAAUUGAUAGACUGGAGGAAGAAAGUGUGCGUUGACCUGGUUUCUUCGCUUAUAUUGAAGGCUUUAGAGAACAUUCGACCUCGUGUAAUGUUCUCUUGCUAUGAUGUCGGGUUGGUAAUGACAUAUUUCUUGGAUCGGAAGACGAAACCAUUUGAUGAUGUUGAGUAUCCGCCCGGCACCUAUCUGGCACCAGUGAAGCAACACCACAUUGAACGGAUAGACAGCGUUUGGCCCUACCGAUAUUCAGGUUCAAAAUUCUACUUCUCAACUCUAUCUUCAAACGGAUUAUCUUACGGUUUAUUUUCGAAAUCCGACGAAUUGAUGGCUUGGCUAUUUUUGAAUGAGUAUAAUUUUCUGUUACAUUUAUACUGCGAAGAAGGAUAUAGGAGGAAAGGAUACGCGGAGUAUGUUAUGAAGUAUGUCGUAAAUGAGCAAUUGAAAGCGGGUAAUGAUGUUUACGCUUAUGUCGUGGAGGGUAAUGACAAACCUCGGAGGUUGUUUGAGAAACUCGGGUUUGUAGACGUCGAUAAAGGUGCGUAUAUUUAUGUACAGAAAUGAUAUAUAAAACAGAAA